AUGCAAAAGUUUACUCAUUUAUACUUCUUGAACGGACGGAUACAAAUCAAAAGCCAAAUGGCACAAUUUUUGUUCAUUGUAAUAUGUUUAACUGGUGCUGUGAUUGGAGAAGACCAAGAUAAUGGAAGAGCGAAACGCGAGAUUUACAGUAAUCUAAAUGAUUCGGCGCUAGAGGCACCAUUGAUCAUGACACGUAAGACUUGUUCAGUAUGGCAGGCAGAGGGAGUGGAAUCCGAUCAUUUAUUGGUCAAUCCCAAUGGAGACGGAGUGCCUUUAGGGGUUUUCUGCAACAUGUCCACCACCCCCGCUACAAUGGUACUAGAGCACGACCAUAUGGACAGAAAAACCAUACGUGGACCCCGAUGUAAUUCAGUCGCUUGCGUCCGAUCUGGAACAAUUAUGUAUUUCUCUGCGUCGUUAGAUCGAUUGAUUGAAUUAAUAGGGGCGUCCAGAUCUUGCCAGCAGUAUGUCAGGUACGAAUGUUAUAACAGUGGAAUGGACUUUACUCGCUGGAUGACCCAUGACGACAGGCUCAUGUCACAUUGGGGCGGCUCCUUUCGGGCUACUGUGACGAAACUUAAGAAUUAUACUAUGAGGCAAACUAUUACUCCCGAAACCCCGAACGAGGCAACCAAUAUUACUACCGAGGCCCCGACUGAUUUAACCACAUGUGGAUGUUUCCUAAGACGGAACUGCGUAAAUGGUAAACUUUGCAAUUGUAACAAUUUCGACAACAGAUGGUACGUAGACGAUGGUUACUUGUUUUCGGAGACGACCCCAGCUGUAGCCAUUGAUCUUCCUAUUAAAGAGGUCAGCUUUGGGAGUUUCCCGUGGUCUGAUUCGAUUGGACACUAUACAAUCGGCCCUCUAACAUGUAUGGACAAAGUUCGUGGAUGUCCGAUUGCGCCCUCUUUUGAUAACUCAGUGAACGACGCUGAUAUGUUAGGCCACAUGGCUGGAGACGAUGUCAAUUACACAUGCAGCAAUGGAUUCAUCAGCUCAGGGUCUCUUUCUCUGAAGUGUGGCGAUGGUGGCGCUUGGGAGAAAAAAACGAUUAUAUGCGAAAGGAUUAACUGUGGCGACCCAGGUAAUUCUACAACCACAAACCGAGCGUUAGAUGCUGGGAUGAUUGCUUUCUCCGCCACAUCAUCCAGCGGUUACCUUUAUUCCUCCUCGAGCUCCAACCCAGUGCCUUUCGACCUUGCCUCUGUGAAUCUAGGAGAUGCAUAUUCUACGUCAAGAGGUGUCUUCACAGCACCAUUUGAAGGUUUGUACCAUGUUGAUGUCCAUCUGGCUACAUACAGGUCGGGCAGCAUGUAUGCGUACAUCGUUGUCAAUGGAAGAAGUGUCAGAACAAUAUAUGUCGAGCAAUACUCUGGCUAUCGUAACAGAGGCAGCACUAGUGUUCUACUUCAGUUGAGUAAGGGACACACUGUGAAUAUAGCACUUAGCUCAUCCUAUCACGUAACUCUUGGUCAAGAAUCAACGUUCAGUGGCUUUCUUCUUCAUCACGGCAAUGGGAAUUAGAGUGGCCAACAGACUCGAGCAUGUAUGUGCCAAUCAGAAAUGUCAAGAACUAGAAGAAAGAAUAGGACAAUAAAAUAUAUUUAAAGAUUGUAGAUGCAGAAUGCCUAACUGUCAAACUCGGGCUGUAGUUUACUGGUUAACAACCCCCGUCUCAUUUCCAUCAACUGGUAUCAAAUAAGUCUCGCCAACAAUGAUGAAAGUAAACGUUUCUAUGCAACAUAUUCUUUUCUAAAAGACGAGUAUUAAAACAUAAAAUGCAUCGGAACCUAAAUUGUCAUAACUAGGUCAACACUAAACCACCUGCUUUGCUAUUCCCUAUGAUACUACUCUCUUAAGAAUUAUGGAUUAGGGCCCCACCUUGGCACUUUUUGAAAAAUGUGAGGCUUAUUUUCUUGUUUUUCUCAACUUAAAC